UAAACUAAAGUCGUAUCCUAGCUAUGUCGGAGGCUGCCACGCCCACGACAACGAGGCCUGCUUACGACGACGCAACCGCCGAGGCGGCCGAGAAGGCGCUGUGCUUCCGUGGCAUCUGGGCCUGGUUGGUGCUCCUGUUGCUGAUCUUCCUGUGUAUCGCGUUUGUCAUGUGGCUGUUGCGUAAGUGCAUCCAAGGACCGGUUUAUCGUAAGGCGAAUCGCAUCGAUGGCAAGGUGGUCAUCGUGACCGGCUGCAACACGGGCAUUGGCAAGGAGACGGUGCUGGAGUUAGCACGCCGCGGCGCCAAAAUCUACAUGGCCUGCCGGGAUCCGGCACGCUGCGAGGCGGCCCGCAUCGAGAUCAUCGAUCGCACCCAGAACCAGCAGCUGUUCAAUCGCAGCCUCGAUCUGGGCUCGCUGGAAUCCGUGCGUAACUUCGUGGCGCGCUUCAAAACAGAGGAGACGCGCCUCGACCUGUUAAUUAACAACGCCGGGGUCAUGGCUUGUCCGCGUACUCUGACCGCCGAUGGCUACGAGCAGCAGUUGGGCGUCAACCACUUGGGCCACUUUCUGCUCACUAAUCUGCUGCUGGAUCGGCUCAAGCAGGCGGCGCCCAGUCGCAUUGUGGUGGUCAGUUCGGCGGCGUAUCUGUUCGGACGCAUUAAUCGCGAGGACUUGAUGAGCGAGCGUAAGUACAGCAAGUUCUUUGGCGCCUACAGCCAGUCGAAGCUGGCCAACAUACUGUUCACGCGGAAGCUCUCGAUGCUGCUGAGUGGCACCGGCGUAACGGUCAACUGCUGUCAUCCGGGCGUGGUAAGGACCGAGCUGAAUCGCCACUUCGCCGGGCCCAACUGGACGAAAAAUGCGCUGAAGGUGUUGUCGCUGUAUUUCUUCAAGACGCCGCGCGCUGGAGCGCAGACUUCGCUGCGUCUGGCGCUGGAUCCAGGGCUGGAGUGCUCAUCGGGCAACUAUUAUUCGGACUGCAUGCGGUUCCCACUCGUGCCCUGGGGUCGGGAUAUGGACACUGCCGACUGGCUGUGGCGCGAGAGCGAAAAACUCGUCGGCCUGCCGCCCAUUCAGAGCGGGCCAAACAAUGAAAGUGGCCAGAAUGGCAAUGGAACGCGUCCAGCUACUACUACAGCUGCAGCAACUACUGCUGCUGAUGGCUCAGUGGAGACCGUCGUGGUCGAUCGUCCGUCCAGUUAGGAGAAUGGAGAAUUUAAAGGCCAGCUGGCACCUUAUCACCAGCCCAGUUGAGAACGCAUCCGUCUCUAAAAACCAGUUUACAACCUGUUUGUUUUUGUUUUUUUUUUUUCUUUAAGAACCUAGCCGCAAAUUGGAGAUUAAAAUUGUCAUUAAUAGAUCUGUGGCUAUUGCAGCACUUAUACUUAAUAGACCCAUGAAUACAUACAUACAUAAAUAUGUAUGUAAAAGAAUUGACCUUUUUGUGUGUAGUUUUAAGUUGAGUACUCAAAAUAAACGUAAAAUUAAGAACAACAAAAGGGCAAAGUGGGCGAAAACAAAGUAA